UCGAAUAAAAGGUGGAAGGAGUGAUUUCGCGCGUUGACCGGGUUCCAACAAAAAAAAAAAAAGUUGAAAAAAAUAAGACAUUUGCGGGAUUUUUGUCAGUGAGAAAUAGUGGGUUUUGUUGGUGUUCGAGUGGUUCUUCCGUCCAAUAUUUUAGGUUCACGGUGCGACAUGUCCGUGAUGGGCAAGCCGGUUUUGUACUCUUACUGGAGGAGUUCCUGUUCCUGGAGGGUGCGGAUUGCUUUAAAUCUGAAAGAAAUCCCGUACGACAUAAAGCCCGUGAGUCUAGUAAAAUCAGGUGGUGAGCAGCACUGCAAUGAAUACCGCGAGGUAAAUCCAAUGGAGCAGGUGCCAGCGCUGCACAUCGACAAUCACACGUUGAUCGAGUCCCUGAACAUAAUGCAGUACCUCGAUGAGACGAGGCCCCACCGGCCCCUCCUCCCCGCUGACCCUGUGAAGCGUGCACGAGUGAGGGAAAUCUGCGAGGUGAUAUCGAGUGGUAUUCAGCCCCUCCAGAACCUGGUGGUCCUCAUCUACGUCGGUGAGGAGCGCAAGAAGGAGUGGGCGCAGCACUGGAUCACCAGGGGCUUCACAGCUGUUGAGAAAUUGUUGUCGUCGAGCGCUGGAAAGUACUGCGUUGGAGAUGAUAUCACCAUUGCCGACUGCUGCCUAGUCCCCCAGAUAUUCAAUGCCCGGAGGUUUCACGUGGACCUCCGACCUUUCCCCACAAUUCUCAGGGUCGAUCGUCAUCUCGAGAAUCAUCCGGCAUUCACUGCUGCACACCCCAAUAAUCAGCCCGACUGUCCCCCUGAGGCCACCAAGUAGCAAGCAAGGCAGACCACUCUCUUCCUGUUCUAAAGGUUUUCGUAACUUUGGUCAGUGGAGGUGAGUGGUCGGUGGUGAUCGUCGGGAGAUGGAAAAUUGAGGGGGAAUAUCUGGUUUUUAGAGUUGGGAAAAACCCUAAAGUUAACGGUUAUUGAGUCAAUGAGAUUAUUUUAUGGUGGUUCACAGGAGAAAUUGCUUCAUUUGAACAUAUGAAAUCUCUAAAAAAUUAUGGAUUUGAUUAAUUUUAAAGAAUUUAUUUUUUCAGAUCAGUAUGAAUACUGGUUUUAGGAAAUGAUAUCUCUUUUUUUCUGGGGAAAUAAAAUCGCCAUUUACUCAUUGCUCAAAGAAUACGCAAUUCUUCCGAAUUUCCAAUCUGUCCAAAGGGAAAAAAGUGCAGUUGAACCAAAAAAUCAGAGACAACAUUUUUUUUACUACUGAAAAAUUUCUUUUUACAUGAGGGCUAAUUUUGAGAGCAAAUAUUGAGAAAUAUCUCCUCUCAAGUCACUCGUUCUCUCAAUAAAUAAGCCAUUCCCAAGAAUUUAUAAUUGAAAAAGAAAUACAAUUUCAAAAAAGAAUCAAUUUCUAAAAAUUUAUAAUUUCUCAAAAAAAAAAUUGACUCAAAUAAAUUGAAUAUUUCCCUCUAAUUUUCACUUCAAUCAACGAUCGAGCUCAAAACAAUUGAAAUAAUCACCCGAGCAAACCCUCGAGUGAUAAUUCCAAUUGUUUAAGCUGGCAUUCAAGUGAUAGAAAUGUUGGCCUAUUUUCUUAUUUCUUCAUUCACCAGUCUUACCUCCUUUAUUUCACUCCAGCAGAGAAAUUUUUGUGUAAACAAAUGAACAUAUUUUUUUAAUAUUUACCGUGCUACCUAUUUGACAUAGGGUCUGUUGCCAGAAGUCUAAAGUUUAGUUUUUUAUGGGAUAUUAUUUUUUUUAGAUUAUUUUAAUUGUUUUUGCUCGAAUGAAUUCUUCAUUAUUUGAUUAUUUAACAAGAAUUAAUUGAUGCAAGCUGCUCAAACCAUGCCUCAGGGCUCUUGGGGGAUGGGAAAGUACAAAGAUCUUCCUUAAUUUCCAGUCUUCAAGGCAAAAAAACGCCAGUUGAAUUUUAUAUUCAUUUCUUUUCUCAUUUUUUGAAUUCAAUUAUAUAAAUUUACAAUUAUCUUAGCGUAACUGCCAGUCGUCAGACAAAAACAUCUCCCAUUAAUUGCACGAAUGAGAUUAUUUUCCGUCAUUAGGUGAAGAAAUCAGCACGAUUAAUUACGAAUAUUUCUUGAUUUCUCUGAAUAAUCGGAACGUACAAAUGCACUUGCGUUUAUAACUGUAAAUAACAAAGAAUAAAACAAAAUAACCGCAGAACUGAUCAAAUUCGGUGUCGAAAAUAAACAGAAAUGAUAAUAAUUGAAUAUUGGAUCAAUGACUAGCAUUCCCUACGCGAUGAUUUAUCCAUUAAUUAUCCUUUCGGUCGUAUAAAAUAGAGUAACAAUUAGAUACCAAGGGAUUCGUAAAAGAAGAAAAAAUGGAUUAUUUUCAUUGUACGUGCUCGGGCUAGAGUCUAUUAGGAGCAAUAAACUCGUGAAUCGUAGGAGUAAUUUCCAAGAGUGUGUAUGACGAUAAAAAAAAUGAUCUUGAGCCUGUAAAAAUAUAUGAAUAAGUAAACAAUAGGAAUUCACGAUAUUGAAUAAGGAAAUGAAUAUUUUGUAAGUGAAAAAAAAAAGUGUAACUUGAUGCUUAUAGAGGAGGAAACAAUAAAUUCUGUGUCAUAGAAA